UGCAUCUUGUUAGAGCCAAUGUUGGAGAGACAGUGACUUUGCACUGCUUCUAUAGAGGCAACAUGGCACGGUACUUCAUGUGGUACAAGCAAACAAUGGGUGACAAUCCUCAACUUUUAUCAGUCUUUUACAAGUAUAACAAGAAUGCAACAUUUUUCCAUGAAUUUAAGGGUAACACUCGCUUCUCAGUGCAAAGCGGUGAAGGAAUUAAUCACUUAAAGAUCUCAGCCAUGCAGCUCUCUGAUUCAGCCUCAUAUUACUGUGGGAACUCUUAUGCCAACCAGGUGGAGUUUGGAGCAGGACUCAUUCUCAUUGUGAAAGGUUCAGGGUCCAGAAACAUGACUGUGCUCCAGCAGCCUGUGUCUGAAUCAGUCCAGCCAGGAGACUCUGUGUCUCUGAACUGUACAAUACACACUGAGACCUGUGUAGGAGAACACAGUGUCUAUUGGUUCAGACAUGGCUCAGGAGAAUCCCAUCCAGGAAUCAUUUACACCCAUGGAGACAGGAGUGAUCAGUGUGAGAAGAGCCCUGAGGCUGGGUCUCCUACACAGAGUUGUGUCUACAACCUCCCCAAGAGGAACCUCAGCCUCUCUGAUGCUGGGACUUACUACUGUGCUCUGGCCUCAUGUGGGGAGAUACUGUUUGGGAACGGGACCAAGCUGGACAUUCAAGGCCAUAGGGCAGACCUUCUUCUCUUGGUGUACUGCCUUGGUGUAGGAUUGGCUUUCUCGUUAAUCCUGAUCAUUGUCCUUGCGUGCAUCAUGUACAAGAUGAACCAGAGAAAGUGUCUGCAGUGCAGAGGAUCAGUCGCUCUGACGACAUGUCCAGCAGUCRCUUCUACGGCUGCAGAGGKCCAAGAUGCAGACCAUCUCCAUUACGUAGCUCUGAAUCUGAGCAACAAGAAGAACAGGUCUAGAAGACAGAGAGGUCACAUGGAGACAGUGGUGUACGCUGGGAUCAGACAGUAGAACUGGAUGAAMGAAACAGUCCAAUGAAUUCUCUUUUUAUCAACUCUCACUGUAUUAACAUUAUUAUCUGUAUUACUGUAACAUAUUAUUAAUGUAGCUACUUGAAUUAAGUGCAUUGCUUCUCUGCCAAACUCAUUUUAA